AAUUAGUUUUUGUAUAUAAAGGGUUUCUCUAAAUAAGCUUUCAAGUAAAGAAAUUGUAGCUAAAAAUGUUCGUAUUAUUGUAGUGUACCGGUGUGAUUGGUAAUUCGAAUCAGAAGAUAUGAUAAUCAAACGGAAAUUGAAAACUCGAAUGUCGAGUUUGAAACGAUGUAACUCGACUAAUGAAGAAGAUGAUAGAGCUAAGAAGAAGAGAAAGGUCAACUUCAAUGGUGGUGGUAGUAGUGGUGGUGAUUACUAUUAUCCUCUUAAUCUUCUUGAUGAGAUUGGUGUUGGGAUAGUUCCGGGUAAGAAUGGAUUCUCUGUUUCUUUGUGUAAGGAAGUUGAGGUGGUGGAGGUGGAGGAGGAGAUAAAGUCAAAGAGAUUAGUUUCUGAUACUAGCCAACGUGGGAGAGAUAGGGUGGGUGAGGUUUCACGGCCACCGCUUGUGAGGACAUCUAGAGGAAGAGUUCAGGUGCUUCCUUCACGGUUUAAUGACUCGGUUAUCGAGAAUUGGAGGAAAGAUAGUAAAAGUAGUGGCGAAGAACGCGAGGAAGAGAUUGAAGAAGAAGCAUGCAGGAAGGAGAAAGUCAAAGCUAAAUUUACUCCUAGGAACUUUAAGUAUAGUAGUAGUGCAUUGUGUGAAGAGAGAGAUGAUGAGGAUAAAUGUGAAGAGAUUGGUAGAUAUGGUAAUAUGAUGAGUUCACGGAAUUCGGUUGCUUCUCUUCAGGAGCAGCGUUAUGUAGAUGAUGAGCCUCGUCCUAAGAAAGAGGGUGUUUAUGGGCCAGAGGAUUUUUAUUCGGGUGAUUUGGUUUGGGGUAAAUCUGGGAGGAAUGAGCCGUUUUGGCCGGCUAUUGUUAUUGAUCCAAUGACGCAAGCGCCUGAGCUUGUUUUGCGUUCUUGUAUACCUGAUGCAGCCUGUGUUAUGUUCUUUGGUCACUCUGGGACAGAGAAUGAAAGGGAUUAUGCAUGGGUUAGAAGAGGGAUGAUUUUCCCAUUUGUGGAUUAUGUAGACAGGUUUCAAGAACAGUCUGAACUGCGUGGAUGCAACCCUAGGGAUUUUCAGAUGGCACUUGAAGAAGCUCUUUUGGCAGACCAAGGGUUCACAGAAAAGCUGAUGCAGGAUAUUCACAUGGCCGCAGGUAACCAGAGUUUUGAUGAUUCUGUCUACAGAUGGAUUGAAGAAGCUGCAGGCUCGAGCCAAUAUCUUGAUCACGUUGCUCCAAACCAGGACAUGAAGAAAUACAGAAAUCCAAGAGCCUGCGUAGGAUGUGGAAUGAUUCUUUCUUUAAAGAUGGCACAGAAAAUGAAAGCUCUGAUUCCCGGAGAUCAAUUAUUGUGUAAACCUUGUUCAAGGCUGACAAAACCGAAACAGGUUUGUGGGAUAUGCAAGAAGAUAUGGAAUCAUUUGGAUAGUCAGAGCUGGGUGCGUUGUGAUGGGUGUAAAGUCUGGAUUCACUCAGCGUGUGAUCAAAUAUCACAUAAGCAUUUAAGAACAAAAUUUAACUUUGAGUUAUCAGAUUCAGAAAAACAAGACUCAAAAUCCAAACUUGGCAAAAACAAUGCCCCAAUGGUGCUUCCUGAUAAAGUUAUUGUUGUAUGCUCUGGAGUAGAAGGCAUAUAUUUUCCAAGCCUUCAUUUAGUCGUAUGUAAGUGUGGAUCUUGUGGACCUGAAAGGAAAGCACUUAGUGAAUGGGAAAGGCAUACUGGUUCAAAAGCAAAAAAUUGGAGAACUAGUGUUAAAGUUAAAAGCUCCAAGCUGCCGCUAGAAGAAUGGAUGAUGAAAUUAGCAGAGUUCCACGCAAAUGCUACUGCAGCAAAACCUCCUAAACGGCCCUCUAUAAAGCAGAGAAAGCAGAGGUUGCUUUCCUUUCUUAGAGAAAAGUAUGAGCCGGUAAACGUAAAGUGGACAACCGAGCGAUGUGCAGUUUGCAGAUGGGUUGAAGAUUGGGACUACAACAAGAUCAUUAUCUGCAACAGAUGUCAAAUAGCAGUUCAUCAGGAAUGCUAUGGGACGAGAAACGUUCAUGACUUCACAUCAUGGGUCUGCAAAGCCUGCGAGACACCUGAGAUCAAACGAGAGUGUUGCCUCUGUCCUGUAAAAGGAGGUGCAUUGAAGCCAACGGAUGUGGAGACACUGUGGGUUCACGUGACAUGUGCUUGGUUUCAGCCUGAAGUAUGUUUUGCAAGUGAAGAAAAAAUGGAACCAGCUUUGGGAAUUUUGAGUAUUCCAUCAAGUAAUUUUGUGAAGAUUUGUGUAAUAUGCAAGCAAAUACAUGGCUCAUGCACUCAGUGUUGCAAGUGCUCUACGUAUUAUCAUGCCAUGUGUGCUUCCCGAGCUGGGUAUAGAAUGGAGUUGCACUGCUUGGAGAAAAAUGGUCGACAGAUAACAAAGAUGGUGUCGUAUUGUUCUUAUCACAGGGCUCCGAAUCCAGAUACUGUGUUAAUUAUACAAACGCCUUCAGGGGUCUUUUCUGCGAAAAGUCUUGUUCAAAAUAAAAAGAAAACAGGUUCGAGGCUUAUUUUAGCAAACAGAGAAGAAGUUGAAGAGUCCGCCGCAGAGGAUACCAUACCAAUUGAUCCAUUUUCUUCUGCACGUUGUCGACUAUAUAAAAGAACGGUUAAUAGCAAGAAGAGGACUAAAGAAGAAGGUAUUCCUCACCACAAAGGAGGACCACGUCAUCAUCCUUCAGCAGCGAUCCAAACUUUGAACGCAUUCAGGCAUGUGGCAGAAGAACCCAAAUCAUUUUCCUCGUUCAGGGAGCGGCUUCACCACUUGCAGAGAACAGAAAUGGAUCGGGUCUGCUUUGGUCGAUCUGGGAUACAUGGAUGGGGCCUUUUUGCAAGAAGAAAUAUUCAAGAAGGAGAAAUGGUUCUUGAAUACCGUGGGGAACAAGUAAGAGGAAUCAUUGCGGACUUAAGGGAAGCAAGAUAUCGUAGGGAAGGGAAGGAUUGCUACCUUUUUAAGAUCAGUGAGGAAGUAGUGGUGGAUGCGACAGAAAAAGGGAAUAUCGCUCGACUAAUAAACCAUUCGUGUAUGCCAAAUUGCUAUGCAAGGAUUAUGAGUGUAGGAGAUGACGAAAGUCGGAUUGUUCUGAUUGCCAAGACCACUGUAGCUUCUGGCGAGGAGUUAACAUACGAUUACUUGUUUGAUCCAGAUGAGCCUGACGAAUUCAAGGUGCCGUGUCUAUGUAAAUCCCCCAACUGCAGGAAAUUUAUGAAUUAGAGAAAGUUUUAUGUAGCUGCUCUUACACAUAAGAAGAAGAAGAAGCUGAGUAUCGUUUUGUCCUCGAUGACUACUAACCCAAGAACCUGUUACUCCCCACACUUGAAUAGGAAGCUUAUGGAGCUUAAAGCUGAUGAAACUUCUCAAUAAGACACUUCUUCAAAGCUCCAGGGCGUUUGUUUUGUAGGUAAUAGAACUAGAGGGAGGGU